CUUAGAACUCUGGUAACCAGGUGCCCACAUUCUAGAGAUGGCCUGCUUUCCAGCUCACUUGCCCAGAGUCAUUCUAGAGAACAAAAUGUUCUGUUGCUGUAUCCCCAUUUUCAGGAUAUGUGGGCUUAAGAAAGCCCAGAGUGAGAAACCUUUAUGUCACUGUAGACAUCAGCUCAGCCCUCAUCUCCGAAGCUGUUGGUCAUUUGGCAGGAGGUGCUCACAGAGCUUCAUCCAGGAUAUCUUUGAGGAGCUGGUCCAUGGCUUCAACUACUGCAGCGCCCUAGAUAAGUGUCAGGUGCAGAAGGAUACCAAGAAUCAGCGCUGCUCUGAGGAAUCAACCCUGUCCCUGGAUGAGGCCUGUACAAUGCUGAAGCUCAAGGAAGGCACAAUGGAAAAUUGUUUACAGUCCCUGCUACAAUCACCUUUCCAGGAUAGAAACACCUCAAACAUCACAUCCAUUUUCUGCAUAUACCAGGUGUUCCCCAUGGCCCAAUUAGUCCUGGGACAGCAGUUCAAAAGCACCCUCUCUCCCAUCUUGAGUACAUGGCCUGACCAGAAAUUGCAGAAUACCUGGCAGUCUCUGAAUUUUACCAGUUUCAAAGUAAAGACAGCCUAUGUGGAUAUGAAGCUGCAUGACUGGGACCUGAAGAACCACACCGCCCUUAUCCUGGUGCAUCAGGAAACUCUGGAGCCCACUGAGGCAGAGUCAGAUGUGCCAGCCCCAGGGCUCCUUCCAGUUGCAGAGCCAGAAAAGGAGUCUACUAUGGAACUAGAGACAGCACCAGUUAUGUUUCAACCAUCAUCUCAAGUGUCAGAGCCAGCAUCACCUCCAUCAGCUGUUCCAGAACUGGAACAAGUGUUAACAUCUUCUUCAGCAUAUGUGCCAGGUCCACAGCUGCAAUCAGCUCAAUCAUCAGCUUUACUUAGAAUUUUAACUACAGCUCUAAAAAUAGAGACAGAGCCAACUCCAGCGCCAGAGCCUUCCUGCCACUGGCAUGUAACCCCAAAGAACCAGCUGAAUGAGGAGAAGCCCAGCCUCAUGGACUUCCCUCCCAAGCUGGUGGCAGAGCAGCUAACGUACAUAGAUGCGGAGCUGUUCAAGAAGGUGCGGCCUCAUCAGUGCCUGGGCUCCAUCUGGUCCAAGCAGAAUAAGCCUGGUAAUGAGCACCUGGCACCCACAGUCUGUGCUACCGUCACCCAAUUUAACAGUGUGGUCAACUGUGUCAUCACCACCUGCCUUGGAAACCCAAGAAUGAUAGCCCAGGACAGGGCCAUGGUGGUGGAGCACUGGAUAAAGGUGGCCAAGGCCUGUCAAAUCAUGCGGAACUACUCUUCACUGCAUGCCAUCCUCUCUGCUCUGCAGAGUGCUUCAAUUUACCGUCUGAAGAAGACAUGGGAGAAAGUUUCCAGGAAGAGCUUUCAAAAAUUUAAAAAGCUGUGCACUGAAGAUAACCCACAGAGAAGGGAACUGCUCCUGAAGGAGCGGCCAUCUAAAUGGGCCACCCUGAUGAUGAGCCUCCAGAGAGCCCAGAAAAGGCUGCAGAAGAAGGAAUGGCAGCAACCAUUGAAAUUGGAUGUCCUUAAGUGUAACAAUUUCCAGGACUACUACCUGCCCCAGGACAGUGGCUGCUUUCUACACUUUAAAGGAAAAGGGACAGGGAAUAGACACGGACAGUGUUGUUCCUCAGCUCCACCAAGACUUGACCAUACCUACUGUCUCCCCCAGCUAUGUCCCACCCAGUAAGGACACCAUGCAAGAAAGUCUCAGGGAUUAUGGAUUCUGUGUAAUAAAUAAAUAAAUAAAUAAAUACUUACUUUUGAAAUUGUGGAAGUAAAUUAAUGCUUCCAAGUGGCAAGUUUAAGAGUGGGUUUGGAUCUGACAAGUCCAGGGGCUCACAACCUCACAAUGUGACCUGGAUUCUCUCCACCCUCCAUCUUGCUAAGUGCUUUUGAGGUGGCCCCAUUCUUAGGCAUAGCAUCUCUCACUGUAUCUGGAGCCUCCAACAACUCCAGGCUGAAACCCACUCAAUGCAAAUCUACUGGGAAGGGUUUCUCCUUCACUCAAGUUCCAUGAAAAGUCAUGGCUUUAUAUUUCUUUGGCCUGGCUUGGGUCACAUUCUCAUCCUUGGAACCAUUAGAGCAUCCUAAGGAUGGAGUUGGCAAGACUUGGCUAGAUCAUACAUUCAUCUUAAAGGUAGGUAGAAUGUGGGGUCUGUCCCCUGGAACUGUUGGGAUGGGAUGCAAAUGAGAUAUAUUUCCCAAAGGAAAGCUGAGGUGCUGGACUUGGGCAUGAGAAUAGAUGCCAGGUUGGGAAAGCAGCAGAUUCCACAUCACUGAUGGCUGACCACACAGCUGUGGAAUCUGAAACCCAAGGAAGGAAGGGGUUCACAUCAGGUCAGGGGAUGCAGCCCUCCAUCCAGUACUCUUGGUGGCAUGGCAGCCCUCCAUCCAGUACUCUUGCCAUGAUGGCAAGAAGCUAUUUUUAAUUUCUGAAAAAGUAACUUUGCUCUUGGUGGUCAAGGCUUCUCCUAUCUUUGGCAUCAGGUUCUCGAAUCUUAGAGGCUGGGAGGCAAAGAAAUCUCAUUUAUUUCCCUGGGAAAAAGAGCCCAGGAGAAACACCUGGCCUCUGGACACCCAUUACUAAAGAACAAAUUAAUUCAUGUUUCAGUCUCUUCUUUCUCCUUUACAAGAAGAGAGAUGAAAAGCUAAGUUGGUAAUGAAAAUAUUACUCAAUGAAACAGGAUGAGGCUCAAGGAUUAUUCCAUACCAUAGAAUCCACAGUUAUCUGGGUUUCUUAGACCACUAAGGCUGGGCUUAUGGCUCUCCAAGACCAUGAAGUCUCAGUGAGAAACUUCCUAUUUGGAGAUGUAGUCACUCUAAAAGACUGACUUUUUUUAAAUGUUUAUU